AUACCUUCCGCGGGAAACUAAACGUAGGCGUUGUCACUACUGGUGAUACAACGGCUGCGAACUCUGAGACGGUUCCGUGCACUGAAGGCCUCAGCACUACGAGUGGGGUUGAAAACCCUACUUUUCCCGGUAAUAAUGAUCUUGAAGAUGACCCUGAGAUCUUAGAAGACG